CUUUUAUUUUGAAGGAGAGCAGCUGAGCUGCCCCGGAAGCUCUAUUCUUUCCUGUGGCUAACUUGACAGUGUUUGAACAAGAUGGCGUCGAGCAGAAACGUCUGUUAGCAGAGUGUCUUUGUUGUGUUUUUAAAGUGUGAAGAUGUGUAAAGUCCAAAUGCUGAGAGCGUUGGUGAAGCAGCGACUAACUGCGGCUGCUGAAGAGAUAUUUGGGCUGUUUGAAAGAACGAUAGCAGAGUACGAGGAGCAACUUUGUCGCUCAAAAGAGGAGAACGAGCGACAACGGAAACUACUGGACGCUGUUUACAACCCUCAGCUCAGGUUACACAGAGCAGAUGUCCAGCAGCAGCAGUUGGUUAAAGAAGAGGUUCCCCCUGAGCAGCAGGAGUGGAGCUCCAGUGUGGACCAGGAGGACCCAGAGCCCCCACACAUUAAAGAGGAAGAGGAGGAACUGUGGAGCAGUCAGGAGGGAGAGCAGCUUCAAGGGCUGGAGGAGGCUGAUAUCACCAAGUUCACAUUCACUCCUGUCCCUGUGAAGAGUGAAGAUGAUGAAGAGAAACCUCAGUCUGAGGGACACCACUGUGGAGGACCAGCAGGACCAGGACCAGUGCCUGGAGGAGGAGUGCGACCAGUGCCUGGACACUCUUCUGAAAAUGAUGGAGAGGAAUGUGGGGGACCAGAACCAGAAGAGGACACAAAUCCAGUUCUAGAUUUACAACCAGAUACUGAGGACAAGACUGCAGACCAAUCUGAAGCUGAUGGAGACCACUGUGGAGGAGUACAACCAGUCCCCAGAGGAGAAGGAAUGCGACUAGCGCCCAGAGACUCUUCUGAAACUGAUGGAGAGGACUGUGAAGGACCUGAACCGAACGACAUCUCAGGUCCAGAUCCAGAUCCAGAUUUACAACCGGAUACUGAGGACAAGACCGGAGACCAUUCUGAAGCUGAGACUGACGACAGCAAUGACUGGAGGGAGACCAGAGAACCUCAGUCAGGUUUUGAUGAAGUACCUGUCGGCGAUAUGGAAUGUAAUAAUGAAAUAGUUUCAGUUAGCUUAUCUGAAUGUGCGAGAAGCUUCGACCAUGAGGGAGGUCUACAGGAAGACUCUGAAGUCCACAAUGUGGAAAAACCCUUUAGUUGCUCCAUCUGUGGUGAAACAUUUGCAGAAAGCUCAGAGCUGAAGGUGCACUUCAGAGGUCAUAGAAAAGGAAAACGUUUUAGCUGCUUGGUUUGUAAAACAAGUUUUGGCAGCAGCGGAAAUUUAGCGAAACACCUGAGAAUCCAUACUGGAGAGAAACCAUUUGGUUGCUUGCUGUGUAGUAAAAGAUUCACUCAAAAGAUAGCUCUGGAAAAACACCGUCUUGUCCACACAGGGGAGAAACCAUUUAGUUGCUCAGAUUGUGGCAAAUCGUUCACACAGAAGGGGCAUCUGAGUCGACACUUGGUUGUCCACACAGGGGAGAAACCAUAUAGUUGUUCAAUUUGUAGCAAAUCAUUCACAUUGAAGGAAGACUUGAAGCGACACUUGCUUGUCCACACAGGGGAGAAACCAUUUAAUUGUUCGGUGUGUAGUAAAACAUUUUCACGAAGGAAAGACUUGGAACGACACUCGCGUCUCCACACAGGGGAGAGACCAUUUAGUUGUCCAGACUGUGGGAAAACAUUCACUCAAAUGAGCCAUUUGAGACGACACUUGGCUAUCCACACGGGGGAGAAACCAUUUAGUUGUCUAAUUUGUCAGAAAACAUUCUCAGUAAAGCAAGAUUUGAAACAACACUCGGUUGUCCACACAGGGGAGAGACCGUUUCGUUGCUCAGAUUGCGGCAAAACAUUCACACAAAGGGCCAAUUUAAAACAACACUUGAUUGUCCACACAGGGGAGAGACCGUUUAGCUGUUCAGUUUGUGGGAAAAGGUACACACGAGAGAGUCAUUUGAGACGACACGUGGUUGUCCAUUUAAGGGAGAAACCGUUUGGUUGCAGUGUUUGUGACAAAAGAUUCGCUCGGCUCGAUUUGGUGAACAAACACGAGUGUGUUGGUGAGAGUGUCCGAAUUAAGUGAAGUUUCAGAGACUAAUUUUGGGCCGGUUUUUCACGGCAGAAUUGAAAUCAGUGUUUUCCCUGCCAUUAUAUUGGGGGGGCACCCCGGCCACCCAACAGCACCCACGCCCCCUUUGAGGGUCAAGUUUAUUUUAUAUAAUUGUAUUUUCUAUAUAGCUCUAGAUCACAACAGAAGUAAUCUAAGGUUACCUUUCCUAUAGAACAGGUCUAUACCUUGUCCUUUAUUACACUAAUUAAAUUGAGUUAGUUAUUUAUCGUAUUUACAUGACAGCAUGUCAUUUCUGUCUCUACAUGGUUCCGCAUUUAGAAUUCUCCUCUGCUCUCUGUAUCGCAUACGCUAGAGUUCUGCCCCAAUGCGCACACACAGUUGAGCACACUAGAGUGCGGCUCAGGCCGCAUUUUCUUUGAGACAAUUAUAACCAAACCCGACCUGAGUCUGACACAGUCUGUGACUUGACAUAUUUAUUGUUAUGGACAGUGUGUAAAUGACCAUCAAAAGAUGGCUGUUACGCACAGUCAAAUACGACGCUACAUACACUCAGUUGGAGUGGAGCCUGUGUUGCGUUCAGGUGUUGUCAUGUAAAUAACAAAUUUCAUCACUUGAAUAGGCCAUAGCACAACACAGCAGCAUGUCAAGUGGACUGAGCUCGUCACCAGAGUCACCAAUUAACCUGCAUGUCUUUGGACUGUGGGAGGAAACUGGAGCACCUGGAGGAAACCCACUGUGACAAGGGGAGAACAGGCAAACUCCACACGGAAGGGGAGAACCCAGAGUUCGAGGCAGGAACCCUUUUGCUGUGAGAUGACAAUGCUAACGACUCUGCAGCUUCUGUCAUUACGUCCCUCUUUUUGUUCUACAAUAGAGUCUUUGUGCCGUAACCAAAGUCUCAAUGUAACUUGAAAAAGACGUUCUGGUAACUGUACAUGCUCGUGUUUUUCUUCAAUGUGGUUUUUGAUAUAGCAGAGUGAUUUGGUUGUUAUUCAGGGGUGGCAGUAGCUCAGUCCAUACGGAUUUGCGUUGAGAACCAAAUAUGAGGUGUUGAUUUAUAAACGGAGAGGCGCCAGUUCAGGUGCCCUUGAACAAGGCACCGAACCCCCACAUGCUCAGGGUGCCUGUCGCCCUAACACCCCUUCAUUUAAUGCAUGUAUAGGUCCUGUUUGUGUGUGUAUCUGGUUUUUGUAAGUUUAUGACAAGAGAGUGAAAAAAUUUAAAUAUCGUAAAACUUCAAUUCUUUGCCCAGCCUUCAUUUGCAUAAAUCACUGUACUCAACAGGCCUAUAUUUGAGACAGGCCUUUAAAACAAAAUUGUUGCUCAGCAAAGAUGAGAAAAGUGCGAAAUAUGCGCGAAAUAGCUAACUAACAUGGAUUGUCAACAAUCUGGUUUUAUACAGCCAAAGAACUUAUAUAAAAAGACUUGCAACUAGACCAGGCUUCUAUUUGAGACAGGCCUGCAUUUGUCAAAAUGUGUAGCUACACCGGGGUAGUAAACGAGACUAGGCUUUUAAUUGAAGUUUUACAUUCAUCUUCUUCUAAAGAUUUUACUUUCAAGUUUCCUUGUUCCGAUGUGCAGUAACUUUAGUUUAGCAUGUGAAUAUUUUAUCUAUUGAUAUCAGACUUGUUUCCCUCUCUGUUUAACCUAGAUUUAGUACAACAGCCAUUGUGACAACCGUUAAUGUGAUCCAUUUAAAUUCUGUUUUUACGAUGGUUUUUAAGCAGUCCAAAAGUUCAA